UUUGUUGAACAGCUGAUGACAGAAUGUUUUACCUAGUGAUACACAAAUAGGCCAAGCUGGGGCUGACAUUUCUUCCGCGUUUAGUCGCCAGUAUAUCUUUUCAUUUAAUAUGACAGUGACACAAGGUAAUUCAGGAUGCUGAGCCUUUUAGUGCUUGUCAAACUGUUGUUUACAGGCCAGGCCCAAGCUUCACUUUCGUUUCGCUGUACGUCGAUGUGAUUCAAUGAAUACAAUCACUACUGCGAAAUGAAGAUCGGGGAAAACUGUGACUACGUACAGCACUAUCCUGCCCACAGGAGAUGAACACAUGCAGGCAUUAGCAACAGCACUGACCACUGCCCUGCCAUGAGGUAUUGAUCAGGCACAUGGUGACCCUGGCACAGGUUCAUUUCAUCAUGCUUGGAGAUCCUUGCUUUUCAAUAUGCAUUUAGCCUUUCACUUCCUGGUUGAACAAGACUGGCGGAAUGUCAGUGCGUAGAUGUGUUGAGGGACGUACGAUGUAUGUGUGCUUUACAGGGGCAGCACUGUACAAGGAAUUUGGAAAUGAGAACCUGUUAAACCCUUGAGAGUUUCUCAUCUACACUCAUAGACAAACAACGAAGAUGUCAUCAUGUCCGAUCUCAUCAGUGCUGCCAAAAAUGGUUACCAUGAAAACGUGGAGAAACUGCUGACCUUGGGAUUGUCUACUGAAGUCCUUGACAAGGACGACGCUACAGCACUUUACUGGGGGGCUUGUCGGGGCUAUUGGAAGAUCUGUGAAACGCUACUGAAGUCUAGGUGUAGAAUUAAUGCACAGGUCAAGUGGGGGUCAUCUGCCCUUCAUGCUGCCGCAGACAGAGGUCAUCUGAACUGUGUCAACAUACUGGUCACCUGGGGUGCCAAUCUGAAUCUACAAAACAACCGAGGAGACACCCCACUUCAUCUUGCGGCAUAUAGGGGCUUUGCGGACAUUGUUGAUGCCUUCAUUGCUGCAGCAGCUGACCCCUUUGUUCGGAACGAAUCUUGUAAAACUCCACUGCAGGAAGCAGAGAGCCAGUGCCAUACCAUGGCUGCCUCCAGGCUUGAACAGUACAUGGCCAGUCGACAGACAUUCAGUUCACUGCCAACCUCAGGCCCUAACUCCGACUUCGUGAACAUGCAGCAAUCUAUGGCACCAACAUCAUGGCCAAAGACCAAAGAUCUCUCCUUCAUCCCCAACAUUAGGGAGAGUACAGCUUCAGAAACAUCUAAGCUUUCAAACAAUUUAUCCAAUUCCCAUAAUGCUACCCAAAGUCUGAAGCCAGUUUGUCAGGUGCCGCCAUCUGUUGGCAACAGUAGCCCGAAUGUCUGUGGAAGCUCAAGAAAACACUGUGCUUCCAACCUCACACAACCAUUAAAUACCAUUGAUGGAAGAUGGCAGAAGGAGCCCAACAGAAGCCGUCUGCUCCAGACACCUUACCAUGACUAUCAUGAGACGCCAGAAGCACCAAGGGCUGCUCCCAAGAUGGCAGUAAACAGAAGUAAAAGCAGCCAUGAGGACAGAUGUGCUCUUGAAAACUUUGCUGAAUCUUUGCAGCUGGAGGUUGUGAAGUACAGUGAACGGGUUCUCAAGGCGGAGCAGAGCAAUGUUCUCUGGCAGAACAAGGUCAAAGACCUGGAGAAGCUGAACAGGGAGUUACUACGACAAUACGAACAGAAGUCAAGAGACUUGCACAGUGUGCAGGAAAUGCUGGCUACAGAAAGAAGAAAAAACUUUGAGGUUGUGAAACAGCAGAAGCUGAUCGCCCGGAGCAUGUCUGCCUCCAUGGACGUGGUGAGGAUGGAGAAUGGCAGGAACUCUAGGGAAGGUUGUCCACAGAGAGAUGCCACCCAUAAACAUUUGCUGACAUUUGUGAAAACACUAGAUAACAGUGAUAUGUGCAAUAGCAGACUGGUGCUGGACAGUCUCAGGGAGCACCUGCAGGCCGUGUGGUUGCAGCCUGCCAGCGUGUCAAGGAUGGACUCCAAUGUGGAGUGGGUGCCAGGUUUGGACUAUGACAUCGUUGGUGACGGACCACUUAACCAUGUCAAAGAUGGUGUACGAAAUGGCUCGUGCUCGCUUGUCUUUCAGAUUAGGAGAAAUGGUUCCUUGUACAUUCUCAAAAUGAUGAUUAACCUUAUAAACCUAGACUACACCAAUCAUGAUCAGGGCUGCAGCCUAGACGGGUAUUUAAUCCGGAACUUUGGACCUGAGUACCAUGUACCUCUGUUCCUCUCCAAACAUCGGAAUAUUGUCAGCGUCAUGCAUUACUAUCAAGGCUCCACCGACCAGUUCCGCAGGUAUCAGGACCUUCUCGUUCCCUCCAGUCUGGAUGUCCCUCUGGAAAUGGCAACACGUACCUCGUUCCUAGUUUUAGAAAGCUACCCCCAGACCCUCUUGUCUUUCAUGGUCAACCAGCGGACGAUAUGUCCCGAACCGUGCUAUGGUUUGCCCAAUGUCUUCCUCCUCCUUCUGUUGUACCAGAUGCUGUCUGUACUUGACUUCCUGCAGUGCAACCAUAUCGUGCACAGAGACAUCAAGGGAGAUAAUGUGUUCCUGGACAAGUGUUUGCGGCCAGUGCUGGCUGAUUUUGGAUUUGCACGAUCCUUGUACACACCUCAGGGCCAGAAGCAGAUGUUUGUGAAUAAGACCCAAGCUUGUGCAGGAAACUCAAAUGCCUGGGCCCCCGAGCUGACGCGCUCACAUCAUAAUGGUCCAGAGUCCUUGCCCCAUCUGACCUCCCUGCAAGAAGUUUACGCCAAAACUGAUGGUUUUGCUGUGAGUCGGAUGUUCUACAGCUUGCUGCGCCCUCUAGGGGAUAGAGACGACUUCCCUCAGUCAUCAGUGAACAAGCCACACUAUUUUGACUCUGCUAUCCCUGACUUGCCAGUGGGUUUCUCCCAUGGCCUGUGUGAUGUACUCAAACAAUUGGUGCUAGAUAACCCACAACACAGGCCAACAGCCAGGAAGGCCAUGAUCAGGGUGGGUGUGAUGCUGUUUGCCCCUGCUCCAGAGGAGGUUCUGUCCCUGUGUGAUGUCCCACCCUAUCUGGAAGCUCGGGCCCUCAAACUCCUGGCAGUCAACAGGUGUUGCAGUGACAAGGAGAGAGUGAUGAAUGUAGAAGAAAGUAUAUCUUUUGUGUCGCCUGAGGUUGAAGCAAGUUUUCUUGUCAACAUCACAGCUGAAGAGUUUUGGGAAGAAUUCGGGGAUUUGAAGGACAAGAAUCUCCUGACAGUACAAAAUGAUGUCUGAAUAUGAGAAUGUUUCUGUUUAGUAAACAAUAACUAUAACUAAACCUUAGUUGUGGCAUUGAUAUUUUGUCCCUAGUUUUUUAUUAAUUAAUCUGUGUUCAAAUAAUUUAUAUUAUACAUGUAGGUAACACAGGGCCAAUUGUGCCACAUUUAUUUGUUGACUGUAUACAGUAUGAAAACAGUUUUGCCUCAGAAAGCUCAUAGGUGACAUGACUUUACAAUUAAUGGCUGUGUGUUUGUGUAUGAUGACGAACUUCUGUGUUCGAGUGUGUUUAUGUCCUAUACCUUGUUGUGUAUACGUCCU